AAGCGGCCUCUACGCCUGGUUUCUCUCCAUUUUCCGCCGCCCCUUAGAAAAUUGCUCCUCCUUCCACAUUCUCUCUCUCUCUCUCGUGGUCUCCACUCCCAUCUAUCUCAACAUGUAGAUGAUAGGAUGAAAGGAGGCCAAAGGUCCUCAGUGAGAUUCGUUUUGGUGACGGAUAAACCCUAGAUCAAGAAGCAAAAACGGAGGAUUGUCUACUUCCAUCCGCGUGAUCGAUCAGAGAGUACUAAUGCAACGGAAUCGAAGGCGAGGACCGGGGACUGAAGGCUAAGACUUGAUUUUUGUGAGCAUUAGUUUUCAAUUUUGAUCUAGAUAGUUGAGUUGGACUCCGCAAGAGAUGAAGAGAGGGUGUGUGACGCCGUUGAUCAUGUCCAUAUGCAUCCUUUUAUUCACCUUACUCUACAUUCACCAAAUCACCAUCUCCUCCUUUAUUUCGACAUCUUCAUUGAGAAGAUCAACUCCUGCAGCUGAAAAACGUCUCAAAGUGGAAACAAGGCCGAGGCCGGCAGCGGUCCCAUCAAAGCCUGCCGCCCCAGCCACACCCAUCAUUUGCGACCGCUCUCAUGAACCCUACGAUCUCUGCACCCUCAACGCCCCAACCCUCAUGAACCCAAAUUUAUCGACUUUCUCCUUGGUUAACGACAACGUCAACCACCAAGACACAACCUCUCCCUCUCCACCCCAACGCACUUUUGAGAAAGUUCGUCCCUACCCUCGGAAAUGGGAAAAUGGCAUCAUCUCAGGCAUCAAAGAGAUCACCUUCACCUCCGAUCCCUCCACAGACUCCUGCCAAAUCCAGCACCAUGCGCCAGCGCUUGUCUUCAGUGCCGGUGGCUACACCGGUAAUCUCUUUCACGACUUCAGCGACGGGUUCGUCCCCCUUUUCCUCACUACCCGCUCACUCUUUUCCGGGGUGGACCCCGUCCUUAUCGUCGCCAAUUGUCGCGAUUGGUGGCUUAGCAAGUAUGCCGAACUGCUUCGAAGCUUCAGCCCCUACCCGGUCAUCAACCUCGACAACGAAACCGCUAUACAUUGCUUCCCAUCUGCAACUGUCGGUCUCAUAUCACAAGGUUUUAUGACGAUCGACCCCACAUUAUUACCCAAUAAAGAGACGUUCCUUGAUUUCCGCGCUUUGCUCCAGACCGCCUACAUGCACCACCAGCAUCUCCACGUCUCCAGCCCAUCAACCGCCCGUCCUCGUCUUGUUUUGGUGGGUCGCACUGGUGGUGUCAGCCGUGUGAUCUUAAACCAGAAAGAAGUCGUACAGCUGGCGAAGAAGAUAGGGUUCGAGGUCGUCGUUUUUAAGCCGACUCGCUAUACGUCUCUGAGUGAAGCAUACAAGAUGAUCAACGCGAGCCAUGCGAUGAUGGGAGUGCACGGUGCGGCGCUCACGCAUUUCUUGUUCCUUCGGCCUGGGUCAGUGUUAGUGCAGGUGGUACCAAUAGGAAUCGACUGGCUUGGGGAAAUUUGUUUUGGGAAACCGGCGAGAGAUAUGGGAUUGGAGUACAUGGAGUAUAAGAUUACAGUGGACGAGAGCAGCUUGGUGGAUGAGUAUGGGAAGGAUGACUUGGUGUUAAGGAACCCAGAAGCUGUAAUUAAGCUAGCUUGGUCCAAUACCAACAUCUAUCUGAAGAACCAAAAUGUUAAACUGGAUCUGAUUAGAGUUGGAGUGCACUUGAAGAAGGCUUACAAGAAGGCUAAGAGGUUCAUUGAGAAACAAGGCUAAAGUUUUGGGGGUGAAAAAGUUUCUUUUUUUUUUGUACACAAUAAGCCAUGAGAAAUUUUCUACCAUAAUACAGUAGAAACAUUGCCAUACAGGAAAACCCAUAUGGUAUUGAAGACAAUGUCUUGUUUUGACAAGGAAAAAGAAAAAAGAAAGAGCGGAUUGGCAGUUGUGCUUGCAAGAGUUGUAAUUAAGGAAAUUCUUUGAAUAUCCUUUUAACCCUUCACCAACUAACAUGUCAGAAUGAGGUUAUUGAGAUUUUCUUGAAAACAAACUUCUGAUCUUUCUUGUCUUGGAAUGUUA